UAGUUACGCAGACCUUCUCCUUGUAGUCUGCUACCAGUGGUUGAGGAGAGUGCGUUGUCUGAUGCUAUGUUGUAUUUAUUUAUGAUUCCUUGACGCAAGUUCAUAGCAGUUGACUUCAAAAUGGUUCAGAAGUACCAGUCACCCGUGCGCGUCUACAAAUAUCCGUUUGAACUUGUGAUGGCGGCAUACGAAAGGCGAUUCCCAACAUGUCCUCUUAUACCUGUGUUUGUCGGAUGUGAAGUUACGUCAGAAUUUACUAGCCCUGAUGGAGCUGUUUCUCUAAAAGAAAGACGCUGUAAGCUAAAUGUUGAAGCACCAUACUUGAUUAAAAAGAUCAUUGGUGUUGAUCAUGUAUACUUCAUUCAGAAAAAUAAUUUGGACCGGAGAAACCGAACGCUCCAUAUUGAAGCGUACAAUGAGAGCUUCGCAAGCAGAGUAGUAGUUGUAGAGAAAUGUCGAUAUUUUGUCCACCCUGAAAAUCCAGACUGGACAUGCUUCGACCAGUCUGCCACUCUUGACAUAAAAUCCUUUUUUGGCUUUGAAAAUUCAAUGGAGAAGUUAGCUAUGAAGCAGUAUUCACAGAACAUAGCUAAGGGAAAGGAAAUAAUUGAGCACUUUAUAAAUGAGCUCAAAAAGGAAGGCGUUGUUUAUAUACCACCAUGGCAAGAACCUGAAGAUGGUUCCGCUGCAGCUGAGGAAGAGAGGGCACAAACAGCAAAUGAUUCAUCUGGGGACUUUGCAUUGGGAGCAUCAGCUUCAAACAUCAGUGCAGCCUUACCAUCCCCUCCCAUGUUGUCUCCAAGUGCUGAAUCACAGUUUGAACUAGAUACAGAUUACAUUCAAAGAUACCUUGGGGAACUGAGUCUCAUUCAAGAAUCUUCCCUUGUGCAGUUGCGGAAAUGGGUAGCUGAUCUCCAAAAAGGGAAGGUCCCGAGUGAUUCAACUUUACUUAGAUUUUUGAGAGCCAGGGAUUUCAAUGUGGAGAAGGCUAGAGAAAUGCUGUCACAGUCACUCAUUUGGAGAAAAAAACAUCAAGUGGAUCGUAUACUUUCUGAAUAUCAGAUUCCUCAGGUGGUGCAAGAUUACUUUCCUGGAGGGUGGCACCAUAUGGAUAAAGAUGGUCGGCCGUUGUAUCUUCUGCGUCUUGGUCAAAUGGAUGUUAAAGGACUUUUCAAAUCAGUAGGAGAAGAGGGACUCUUGAAAUUGACACUGCAUGUUUGUGAAGAGGGUCUGCAGCUUAUGGAAGAAGCUACAAGAACUCAAGGAAAGCCAGUAUCAACAUGGUCCUUACUUGUUGAUCUUGAAGGACUCAACAUGAGGCAUCUUUGGCGUCCAGGCGUGAAGGCCCUGUUAAGAAUAAUAGAAAUAGUGGAAGCUAACUAUCCAGAGACAAUGGGUAGAGUCCUCAUUAUAAGAGCACCACGUGUUUUUCCGAUUUUGUGGACAAUUGUUGGUACUUUCAUAGAUGAAAAUACACGUAGCAAGUUCCUUUUCUAUGGGGGAAAUGACUACCAGGGAGCAGAAGGUCUUGAAAACUGGAUUCCAGAGCAGUACAUUCCAGACUUCUUAGGUGGCUCAUGCAGACCAAACUUCCCAGUCGAGCCAGGAUCUGUCCCAUUCUCAAUGUUCGACACAUGGGAAGACUCAACGUAUUUUACUACGAUGGUUCAGGAAGGUGGCCUAGUACCAAAAUCAUUAUACAUGUCGGAGGAAGAAUUGGGAAAGGAAGGCUGUCCUCUUACUGAGGACAGCAUAUAUCACUGUGUCACCUUAGGCAGAGGGCAGGUUCAUGAAGUACUGAUAUCAAAUGAUGAUCCAGGAAGUGUAAUCACUUGGGAUUUUGAUGUAAUGAGGCAGGAUGUAAUGUUCACAGUCUACAGAACUCGCGUUCCCGUGAUGUUACAUACUGCAACAGGUCCUCUGCAGACAAUUCAGCAAAUGAAUCCUCUAGCAACAGACCCUGAGCAUCGGUCAGUUAUUGAGAAGAGUUGGCGAGAAGGACAAGAUUAUUUCAGGGUUGAAGCCCCAGUUGUCUGCCAUGAUGGUGAAAGUAUUCAGGGCUCUCAUGUCACAAGUCAUGUGGGUACAUACAUCCUCCAGUGGAAAUUCCACUGUAAUCAUCCACUAGAUAUAAUUGAUUCAAUUACUGCUCAUAAAGCCCAGGUCAUGUACUACUAUGAACAGCUUCGAUCAUCAGACUACAGAGGUUCUAUGUCUAGUCUGCAAUCUGCACAUAGUGGAAUUUCAGGCAAAAGCACUAGAUCUGGUACUAGCUCCUGUCCAUCAAGAUGAUGUUAUGAUAGCAAAAGUGGCCCAUCCAAAACAUCUUGACACCGUAAUGCUGUUGUAGAGGGCAACAAUCUCAGGAAAAACACAGUUCAUUAUUUUAAGUUCGUGUUUUUCUUUUGCAUCCAUGUUUUUAAUUGUAAAGUUAUCACCUUGCAUGUUACAUUAUUUGCAGAGAUGCCAUUUGUAUAUAUGUAGCAUAGCUAGUGUGAUCUCCUAAAGAUACUAUAUUUUUGUACACUCCUUGCUGGCUCAAGGGGUAAAUAGUGCUUCAGAAGCCAUCUUUCUCGCCACAGCAUGUAUAUUAGAGUAGCAAUGUGAGAGUUUUAAUAUAAACUGGCUCCUCUUGCAUAGCAAAAAUUUCAGGUAUAUGAAUUACCAGUCUAAAUGAAUUGGUAACUUGCACACACUGUUUCAAUAAAUGACUCGUAAAAUCAUUUUACCUUGCUUGUUGCAUAUGUGCAUUUUUUUUAUUGAACACAUCAGAUGUAUUUUAUAUUAAGUAAGUUCCAGGUACAGAAAAUAAUAGUAGUAUUAUGAUACCUGCUUAUUAUAGUUCUUGACUAGCAGUUAAACAUAAAAAUGUUAGUACUUGUAAUAGAAACAGUUAAGCUUUGUAUAUUGAAAGACAUUAUUAAUACACAGUGGAAAUAUUCCUUUUUUCAGCAGUUACAUGAGAAUUUCAACGCAUGUUAAAAUGUCUGGAAAUGUCUUUAUGGUGCUGGCAUUGUACUGGACGUACAUUUUGCUGGAAAUUUCCUGCACAGUGAUACUUGAUCAGUGUUGAUAGCAUGACAGAUUAGUCACCUGUUGUCUUUCUCAAAUGACUGCAUGUUGUACUUUAUUGCAGGAUAGGAAGGGAUAGUAUAAAUAGUAAAUGGUCGAACAGUAUGGUACAAAAAUUUUUGAGCAUUUUAAUCGUAGGUUUAAACAACAAAUACCAUCACUAUGUUAUGAGGUACUCGACUUUUUCAUUUCUUUGAGCAUUAAAAAUGUUAUGAAAUUUCUUUGUGUAUACAUUUUAUUCAGUAUUCUCAGCGUAUAUAUGUGUUUAAGUGAUGUAUGUGUCAUAUGAGUUGUAAAAUUUUUAAAGUUAAACAUUGUUUAAAUUUCCUUCAGUGGAUAAAUAUAAGUAAUAUUUUUUUCUGAAUUUGACUUCUGGUUCUUGAUUAUGUGAAAACAGCAACAUUUCUAUGAAAUGCUGCCACAUCAGAGGCAUCGGAAUUUGAUUCUAAAAGUCUCUAUUAAUGUUUAUAGAAUUUCAAAUAAACUUUGAAAUAGUAGAACAGAAUGUGGUUUAAUAACAAUAAUCAGUUUUUAAGAAAUGACUAGAAUAAUGGCAUUUCAUUUUUGUUCCAAUUGAAUGCCUUAUUGUACAGUCUUUUUAGACUGAUAUUUAUGUUAAUAUAUUUAUAUAAAAAAUUCCUGUCAACAAUGUUUAUUGUACUUUAACGGAUACACCAUCUGUUAAA